ACCUCCUUUCUGCAGGUGUAUGAGCUGACUCAGGAGUUCUUCCAGAAUGGAAAGCCUGUGGGAGCCGAGAGUCAAAACAGUGUGGGGAUCUUCACACGAGAUGUGGUGCGCAAGAAGAUCAUGCUUGACCCUUAUGACUCAGAAAGCACCAAGAAACUAAAGUUAUCUAUGCUACAACAGUACCUCAAGGUGGAGAGCUGUGAAAGCAGUUCCCCCAGCAUGGAUGAAGUGUCUCUAAGUGAGUUUGGUGAGUGGACUGAGAUUCCUGGCGCUCACCAUGUCAUUCCUGGUGGUUUCAUUAAAAUCGUUGAGAUCCUGGCUCAGGACAUCCCAAGUCGUGUCCUCUGCCUCAGUAAGCCUGUCCGCCGCAUCCACUGGAACUGCAGCUCCCAUGAUACAGAGGAAAUUGUAGAUCAGGUUGACCAUAACCAGGACCAACGGCCCAGCCAUUCGCCGGUCUGUGUGGAGUGCGAAGACGGCGAGUGUCUGCUGGCAGACCAUGUGAUCGUAACAGCCUCUCUUGGGGUUCUGAAGAAAGCUCAUGAGACUCUCUUCUCUCCAGGACUACCACUAGACAAGGCACAGGCCAUCCAGAAACUGGGCAUUAGUACUACCGACAAGAUCUUUCUGGAGUUUGCAGAGCCCUUCUGGAGCCCUGAGUGCAACAGCAUUCAGUUUGUGUGGGAGGACGAGGCACAACUGGAGAGCCAGGCAUACCCAGAAGAGCUGUGGUACCGAAAGAUCUGCAGCUUUGAUGUGCUGUAUCCACCUGAACGCUAUGGCCACAUGUUGAGUGGCUGGAUCUGCGGAGAAGAGGCCCUGCGCAUGGAAAGGUGUGACGAUGAGACUGUGGCGGAGAUAUGCACCGAACUACUGCGCCAGUUUACAGGGAACCAGAAUAUUCCAAAACCAAGGCGGAUCCUGCGCUCCUCAUGGGGCAGUAAUCCCUAUAUCCGGGGUUCUUACUCUUUCACUCGAGUUGGCUCCAGCGGCAGAGAUGUGGAGAAGCUAGCUGAGCCCCUGCCUUAUAUUAAGAACACUAAGGCUCCGCCACUACAGGUAUUGUUUGCUGGGGAGGCCACCCAUAGAAAAUACUAUUCCACUACCCAUGGUGCUUUGUUGUCAGGGCAGAGGGAGGCCAACCGCUUAAUCGAGCUGUACCAGUACUCCUUCGGUGAAGAAACCACAAAGCCUAACAUUUAAAAUAAUCGCAACAAAAACAAGAACCACUUACUAGUGACAAAAACAAAUGUGUUAUGUGCUAUCUGUAUUUCAAAUAAUGAAAUUAUGAAAACCUAGUAGGGGCAUUAAACUAAUAACAAUAAAUCCUCUUUAUACUGUAUUUAGAUUAGCACUCUGUAGAUUUUACUUGAGAUGUACUGUACAAGGCAGCCAUGUGGCGCUUUCUCUAGUCCU